AUGUCGGACAGUGCGUCCGCGGCACCGGGAGAUGGGCAUCCCAGGCUCGAUGAGCAACAGCGUCGCGCUUUGCGCAAGCUAUCAAUGACGAAUGACCUCGGUGAGGAUGUGGAGGCUGUCGACUACGAGUCUGACACUCCUUUUUUCGCAUGGGAUGACGAGGAAGGCGAGCUGCGCCAGCAGCGUAAUACUAGCCCUGCUCGCGCCUUGCGGACCCCAUGUCCGUUCCUUGACUUCUCGUCAGCCGAGGAACGUGGUGUAAUUACCAAUGACGUUGACGGAACUCAGAGGCGGCAGCUUAAAGCUGCCCAUAAGGCGGCUCCAAAGCGCGCCCAUCCACGGCCGGUCAUUGACUUUCGUGUGGAAUAUGGCUUCCGACCAGUGGAUCCCGCUGUGGAAGCGAAGGACGCGGUAACUCGAUCGUUACGCGUCCACAUCAUCGGGCCCCCAGCCAGAACGGAGUAUGAGCUUGCCAAACGAAAGGCUCUUCGAGCUCGAAAUUGGUUCCAAACGAAUUUCCGUUGGAAGCUUAUCACACUCGUCUGA